UUUCCAACAAAUGAAAUCGAUUUAGAAUUUCCUGAAAAUAGUAAACCCAGAGAUGUUAAGCGGACACUACCGCCGGCCAGGGAUCUAGAUUUAGGCGAUUUUGGGACUCAAAAGUAUCGCAUAGUAUCGGGAAAUGUCGGAAACGCUUUCCGACUGUUAAGUCACAGGGAAAAGGAUGACGUCCUGUAUCUGGAUCUUCAGGUGAACGGUCCUCUCGAUAGGGAGACGACUGCCAACUAUACUCUCGUGAUUGAGGCGCUCGAUGGCGGACAACCACAGCUCAGGGAUGAGAUGACUGUUAGGAUUUCAAUUUUGGAUCACAACGACUGCGAACCCGUGUUCAGUGAAAGUCAUUAUUACGGAAAUGUGGCCGAAAAUGUCACUUUGGGAACACCACUCUUGAGGGUUAAGGCGACCGACAAUGAUCAGGGAGACAAUGGACUCAUCACAUACUCAUUGCAUAGUAAACCGCUAUCAGGUUUGUCGCCGUAUUUUGAGAUCAACCGACACAACGGCUGGAUAUUUGUGGCCAAAGCACUGGAUUUUGAGAGCAAAGAGAUACACGAGUUGGUGGUAAUCGCUAGAGAUUCCGGCGCUCAGCCAUUGGAGACGUCGGCGUUAGUGUCCAUACGUGUGACGGAUGUGAACGACAAUCAGCCGACGUUUAGUCUACUGUUUCUAACGGAGAACGCGAGACAAGAAAUACCCGAAAAUGCAAAAAUAGGCGAUUUAGUGGCCAGGGUUUCGGUCAACGACGCCGACUCCAGUGACUUCUCCAUCAACGCCAAGAAUAAAGAAGAUCACAAUCGACUGUCAGUUUCUUUAACGGGAAAUGACGACAGCUUUGGUCUCACCACUCAAGACAACGUUAUAUAUCUAAUUGUGGUGACCGGACCGCUCGACCGCGACAUCAAAUCCCAGUAUAAUCUGACAGUAAUGGUCAGC